AUGGAUAACCGCGGGGGCUUCUUCUUUUUCGUUGUUGCGGUCUACAUCCUGCUCAGCUCAUCGUCCCGUGGUCCAUUGAUUGAUCAGACCGGCGAACGUGAAAGACGGCUUGCCCACGAGGAAAAUGCGAUCAAGUUGCUGAACAACUCUGUAUACGGCGAUUUUAGUCCUCCAGCAGAUAGAUGGCUUCCGAUACCAGGGUUGAGGCAGAAUGACAGUUACUCCUGGGACUUGUUACCACAAGCACAGCAAAGAGCAAGACGGAAUAUCCAACUUGCUCUAGAGAGUGGAGGACUUCAGAGCCCGCCGGAAUUGGGGUUGCCAAACCAAGCACCAUCCGUUAACCUAUCGUCAUUAUCGCUACCGGUGUAUCACAACGUUACGGGAAAGCUUCGGGGAGAUUGGAUUAGGCAUACGUUACCUCAUGCGCCACAUCUAAAUACGACUGCCUUGAUGCAAGAAAAUGAUUUUAUUACCCAAGAUUUUGGUCUAAAUAUCACAGGGGAUACUGGACGAAUAUACGUUGAUUUUGUAAGUACCGAUGAACAGAAGAUUGAACAGGCCGGAACGCCAGUGCGGCAAAUUCGUGCAGAUCUAGCAAUCGAGACCGAUGAUUCCUGGGGCAGCACAUGGUAUAUGUCGACGUAUGGGUUGCAUUUCCCCGACCAAGGCGCAAUUAUAUUAACGACUACGAGCGAAAAAUAUGACGGCCUUUUGUCCUUGCCUCAUUUGGCACUUUCGCACGACACAUUCAACAUUUCUCACGAUGCAAUGGUGCAAGUGCUUUCGGAUAACAUUGCUAGGAGACGGAGAUAUGAAACCACUUUCUUUCCAUGGUCCUCGUUCCCCAGAGGAGCCCAUCCCGCGGCCUUCGCAACUGCGAAAUGCGAGUACAUAAUGUACAUACAACAACGUCCAGUCAACAUUGGCGGCAGCAACCCGGAUCGUACAAUAUUAGAUCAGAUCGAGCAGGAACUCAGGUUCCCACUGGGAAUACCAAUCCCCCCUCCACCAAUGAUUGAAAUGUCCUUUGUCGUGUUCUCUCCGGACUGUGGAAUACUGCUGGAGUCAAAAGGCGCACCGGAUUUCCCUCCAUCUGAGGGCCUAUACGUCGUCGGGCCGAAACAAGAAGAGUAUCGAAAGUUCGCAUCACGAACCAUAUACUCACUAGGUGCAAUCAUGACGGGACAAUUGUAUUUGUUGAUGCGGCAGAUAAAAGAAGCAUGUACACCUUCCACUAGAAGCCGUAUCAGUUUCUAUUCCAUUGCGCUGAUGGCAAUGGGUGAUGCAAUGGUCAUGACGAUGACAUUGUUAUCUCUAUUCGCGGACACGUCUUUUAUCGAUAUAUCAGCGGCUGCUUUCCUCGUGUUCCUCUCAGUCUCUUACAUAGGCAUGAGAUUUAUGAUGGAAGUCUGGGCAGUACAGGUACCCGAACGACGAAACCAGGAUCGUCAACCCGAUACAACUGCCAAUCAAGAAACCCUACCUCCGCCUGUUACUGCGGCUGCAGCUGUAAGUUCGGGCGCGACUCCCGUUGUCCUGCCCCCAGAUCAAACUGGACCUGCCGCAACCACACCUACCCCCACAGCUGCCACGACUACCCCUGUACCUACACAAACCGGCAAUACUAUGCCUUCGCAAUCAGAGAUAGGAGCAGACGUCGGAACUAUGUAUGCACGGUUCUACUUUGCUCUAGGCUGUUUGAGCAUCGUCACACUAUGGUCUUUUCUAUUCCCAGUUAAAGUCGGAGCGAUAUAUGCCAAAAUUCUCAGCUUUAUCUAUCUAUCGUUCUGGACACCGCAGAUUUACCGAAACAUUAUGCGUAAUUGUCGCAAAGCACUGACAUGGGAAUUUGUUGUGGGAGAGAGCAUCCUCCGCGUCUUUCCGUUCGUUUACUUUCUCACUGCAGAAGGCAACGUUCUAUUCAUCCGUACCGACACGACAACAGCCUUAGUGAUGAUCGGCUGGGUCUGGAUCCAAGCCUGGAUUCUUGCCAGUCAAGAUAUUCUCGGCCCUCGAUUCUUUGUUCCCAAUGGCUGGGCUCCUCCAGCAUAUGACUACCACCCCGUCAUACAUGACACCUCUGGAUCUGGAACUGGCGACGACUUAGAGUCUGGUACUACAUUACCUAUCGGCUACCUCCGCGCCGAGGAAAGAGAUGCUAUACCAAGCAGUGCAGCAGGAAGCAGUCGUGCCCAGUUAGACAGGGGAUCACGACCGAAGGACAAGAAGAAGAAAAUCUUUGACUGUGCUAUAUGCAUGCAAGACAUCGAAGUACCCAUCAUUGUCUCUCCACAUGGUGUCGGCACAUCGAGUAUGGCGGAUGGCGCAAGUAGUAUUUUGGGUCGAAGAGCAUAUAUGGUGACGCCUUGUCGACAUAUUUUCCAUAGCACGUGUUUGGAGAGUUGGAUGAGGUUGAGGUUGCAGUGUCCGAUUUGUCGUGAAUCGAUUCCGCCUGUGUAG